ACGGGGGAAAGAGCCGAGUUGCAGGGCAAUCGCUGUCGGAACUAGGAAGUACAAACUAAAAUAACUGCUAUGCUACAAGGUAAGUAGCACUGGCAGAGCCCUCUUGACCAAACAUUCCAUAAAUAUGGUCCAUUUUCACUUUGCUUGCCUUAGCAGCAGCGACCAAUGAAGUUAGCCGGUGUCACCCAAAUCCACGGACCCACGCACUAGAACAGAGGGCAGUUGAUGUGAGGAAGAAGAAAAAGAAGAAUGGCUUCUGCAGCACCAGCACCAUGCAUUUUUUUCCAGAUACUUCUAGAUUUUGCUGGUUAUUAGUCGACUUUUGUCCCACACAAGAUUGAAUCCACCUGAUGCUUGUGCACCUAAAGCCGUAUGUGAAGCAGGAGCUACCUGGUGUUUUGCUCUUCCGUUUAAAAGGACAGCUUUUUCCAUAUAACUUGAACUGGAAGGUUCCAUGCUUCCCCUUUUUCAACUGUAACCUUGAUCUCUUUGGAGUCAGAAGGCUGCAUUCACAAGAGAUUGUCAGGCAGAAAGAUUCAAGCUCUAGAAAGAUGUCAACUUGGGCUGUGAAGACCAUGGAUAUGGAUGUAACCACAGAAGAAGACUCAGUAGCGUUAAGGCUUUCACCUGCUUAUGAGACUGCCAUGGAAGCACUUUCUUCUCUCAUCACCAGGCAAAAACGUGGAGGUGCAUCAAAGAUAGGUGGCAAAUACAAGAAAUUGGACAGAAUGUUGAUGUACAUCAAGAUUUUAGGCUUGGAAGGACAUCUUGGUGGCCUUAAAAUCAUCCAUGUUGCUGGAACUAAGGGAAAGGGUUCAACAUGCGCAUUUUGUGAGGCUAUACUGCGAGAGUGUGGGUUCAGAACUGGACUUUUUACUUCUCCACACUUGAUUGAUGUUAGAGAGAGAUUCCGUGUCAACGGGUUGGACAUCACAGAAGAUAAAUUUCUAUUGCAUUUUUGGGAUUGCUGGCACCGACUAAAGCUUGACCUGCAGGAAAACCUUACAGAGGAUUUGCCCAUGCCUCCAUUGUUCCAAUUCCUCACGGUUAUGGCAUUUAAGAUUUUUGUAGAAGAAAAGGUAGAUGUUGCUAUUAUUGAAGUUGGUCUUGGAGGGAAGAAGGAUUCGACAAAUGUGAUCAAGGAACCUGUUGUCUGUGGCAUUGCUUCUCUGGGUAUGGAUCACAUGGAAGCAUUGGGAGAUACACUUGCUGAGAUUGCAUCUCAUAAGGCAGGAAUUUUCAAGCCUCAAGUCCCUUCAUUCACUGUACCACAACGCUCUGAGGCAAUGGAUGUUCUUCGUGAGAGGGCCAAUGAACUGAUGAUUCCUCUGGAAGUUGUUGCACCAAUUGAUUGCAAAUGGUUAGAUGGAAUAAAGCUAAGCUUGUCUGGUGAUCACCAGUAUUCCAAUGCUGCACUUGCUGCCUCUCUUUGUAAAAGCUGGAUUCGAAGUACAGGAAACUGGGAAAAGCUGUUCCAACAUGACGACAAAGACAGUUUACCAGAGCCAUUUAUAAGGGGUCUUUCAACUGCACGCCUCUUUGGAAGGGCUCAGAUUGUUCAUGACUCUUCUUCAAACUCUUCUACUGUGUCCAUGGUGAAUGGAGCAGCUUCAGGAGACCUGACCUUCUACUUAGAUGGAGCUCACAGUCCUGAAAGCUUGGAAGCCUGUGGGAGAUGGUUUGCCACUGUUGUGAAAGAUGACAAGAAUUUAUUAUCUCUAGAUUCCUGUCUCAAGACUGGAAUUGGGGAGGAAGUCUCUGAAAACGGUUUUGUGUAUACUGGAAGCAAAGAAUCAAACAAGAUAUCAAAGCGGAUUCUUUUGUUCAAUUGCAUGGAUGUGAGAGAUCCUCAGAUUCUUCUACCACAGCUUGUGAAUACCUGUGCUACCUUAGGCACACAUUUCUCAAAAGCUAUUUUUGUCCCGAGUAUCUCAACAUAUAACAAGGUCACUUCUGGUGCCUCAGCUGUUCCCUUUCAUUUACCUGCAAAGGACUUGACAUGGCAAUUUAACCUUCAGAGGAUAUGGGAAAAUAUUUUACAUGGAAAAGGUUUUCCUGAGAAGCCUCUUAAGAAGGAAAAUCCUGCUUGUUUUCCACCAAAUAAUUUCCUUUAUGAGGAUAUUUCUCAUUGCAAACCUGCAGAUGGAAGUUUUGCAUGCAGUACGGUGGUUUCUUCACUGCCACAGACAAUAAAGUGGUUGAGGGACUGUGUUAAAGAAAAUCCACGUCUUAGGAUUCAGGUUCUUGUCACUGGUUCAAUUCAUUUGGUUGGGGACGUAUUAAAGCUAAUAAACAGGUGACUUUAACUCAGUAAUGGGAAGCAUUUCAGUAUGAGAAUAUUCAAAAGAUUCAUUUUGCUCCAUGACAAAAAUCUCUUGAUUUGUGAGAAGCAACAUAUUUGUUUUCAACAGAAGCAGAGGACUAUGAUUAGUGACCACGUUUUUAGAGGUUACUUUUCUAGUUUCAUUGGUAACUAUUCAAGUUGUAUUUGUUCAAGAAACCUUGACGAAAGUAUCAGUACAUUCUUGGCUGGCAGUAUAUUGAUUGUUGAACCCUGCAUGGGAUUAGAGAGCUAAAGGAUCAAACAACUUAUGCUACUUCCAUAUGCUUAGGGAAUAGGUCAUCUCUAAAUUUGACUAAAAAGAUGAAAAGACAUUUUCCCUCG